CAGAGACUGCGGACAUAGUACAGGAGAUGACCAGAGACUGCGGACACAGUACAGGAGAUGACCAGAGACUGCGGACAUAGUACAGGACAUGACCAGAGACUGCGGACACAGUACAGGAGAUGACCAGAGACUGCGGACACAGUACAGGAGAUGGCCAGAGACUGCGGACACAGUACAGAUGACCAGAGACUGCGGACACAGUACAGGCGAUGACCAGAGACUGCGGACACAGUACAGGCAAUGACCAGAGACUGCGGACAUAGUACAGGAAAUGACCCAGAGACUGCGGACACAGUACAGAAGACCAGAGACUGC